AGAUGAAUCUCACGGCGAAAUUACAUCUUUGGAGAGACAGUUUUUGCGUAAAUGCCAAAUAGAGCUUGAAAACUUCUCCAUCGAAACAGAUCUUCCACUUGUUUAUGUUGAUGAAUCAAAUUAUUGGAGAUUCAUCAAAACUGUUAGGGUUUUGGCUGACGUUUUCAAGAAUAUGAAGAUCACUGGAACAACACGGAAAAGUAUAAUUCAGGUGCUGAUGAAUCCCAUCUUGCCACCUGAGAGGAGCACUGAUGCAAUGAAAUUAUUUCUGUCCACCAUUGGAAAACUAGCUGACUUACAGUUUUCUGAUGAAAAUUUCAAUCAGCUUUUUUUAAGUUCUCGGGCUACUAUAGAGUUGGAGAAUAAGUACAAUGACGAAGUCGAAGUCAAUCUUAGGAAGGAAGCAGAAGAUGCACUUGCUAGAAAGUUUAAGGAAGUAGUAGAUUUGACGGAACGGUUACUUGAGCCUUACGAGAAAAAACAAGGUCAAUUGCAACUUCAAGUAGAAGCCUUGGAGCACAAACAUGAAGCAGGGUUGCAGCUUAGGACAGAAACUGAAAUCGCGGUAGCCAUAGAAGGUGAUUUUAUGCGUUGGAAGGCUGAGGAGUUCGAGAGCGAAUACAAGAAUGAAGUGGUACUCAGGAGAGAAUCAGAAACUGCGCUGGAUAAAGAAAGGAAAGAGUUGGAGGGGAUAAAAGAACUGCUUGAAACUUGUGUCACAGAACAAGAGAACCUGAAUUCGCUGGUGAUAACAUGGCAAGACAAGUACGACCAAGAGUCAAUUAUUAGAAAAGAAAAAGAGGAUGCUCUUUCUACUAAAAAAACAGAGCUCGAGACUGUCAAAGGACUAGUCGAAUCGUACAAACAAGAAGCAGAUGCGAUGCGACAAGAGAGGGACAAUGCUCUCAAAACAGCACAAGAGAUAGUGGACGAGCAACAACCUCCACCUUCAUUUUUCUGCCCUAUCACACAGGAGGUCAUGCAAGAUCCACACAUGGCUGCUGAUGGAUUCACAUACGAAUUAGAAGCUAUUAAGAAUUGGAUUAACACAGGUCACCAGACCUCACCGAUGACAAAUCUCCCGCUUCCACAUCUCAACUUUGUCCCUAACCGAGCUCUCCGCUCUGCCAUUGAGGAGUUGGGUUGAUUUUUCUCGUUUUUCAAACCGGUUUACUCUCUCUAUCUAUAAGUUCAAAGUUGCUAUUGGGCCGAUAAUGGCCUCAUGAAUCUAUUUAUGAGCCUUAUUUCAAUUUGUGAUCCAUUGUAUUUUAAACCUCAUUAUUUUGAAUCGGAAACUCAUAACCGGGUCGUACGUGGCCUAAUCCGGACCUUGUUUUCUUUGAUAAAAUAUCCGAAAAUAGAAACAAAGCCAUUUUUCCUCAGAACGGUAAAGAAGACAAGUGUGCUUUUGUAGACACACCUAAAACGCCAUGAAAAGCCAAACAUACGAAAGACCAAGAAAUAUAA